CUCGUUCUCUCAAGGCACAUGCAAUUUGCAUGCGCGUGUUCUGCAAGGCAAACACGGCUGUAUGAGUGAAACCGUAACCACCGGAAGAUCGAGCAACAGACUCGCAGACUCGCUUAUUGGUGGAGGAUCACUGUCGUGAUGGGAAGCUUUCAGUCUUUGCCGGAUGACCAUCAAUAUCAAACCCUGUCAAAGAAUACAGGCUUUUCACUGGAGCAGAUCGCUAUUCUCCACAAUCGCUUUAAGCAGCUCAGCCAAAACGAGGAAACAUUACGGAGAGAUGACCUUAAAACAAUCCAAGACCUGGAAAGCAACCCAAUUCGGUCCCAGAUUAUAGAAGCUUUCUUCGAUAGUAGGAACUUCCAGAACGAUGGUGUGGGAUCUGUGGAAGAAAUUGGUUUUGAGGAAUUCCUUACGGUCAUGUCGUACUUCAGAGCACCACCCCAACACAUCACAGAGGAGCAGAGAGAAAAAAUUAGAAGAUCCAAACUGCGCUUCCUGUUCAACAUGCAUGACACAGACAAUGAUGGAACCAUAACACUGGAGGAAUACAGACAUGUAGUAGAGGAGUUGUUGUCCCGUAGUGGAGCUCUUGGAAGAGAGACAGCUAAAGGCAUUGCAGAUGCUGCAAUGCUGGAGGUUGCCAGUAUCUCAGUCGGUCCCAUGGCACCUGAUGAUUUCUAUGAAGGAAUAACAUUUGAGCAUUUUUUGAAGAUUCUAAAUGGAGUUGAAAUUGAGACAAAUAUGCACAUUCGCUUCUUAAACAUGGAUGCAACUGUUUUGUGCAAGUAACAUUAGGUCUAAAUACUGCUGGUUAAAUGUAUGUUUUCCAGUAAAAUAAGCACUUUAUUAGAUGAGGCUGGUUUAGAAUAGUUUGGAUAGAUCUCUAGUUCUAUUAAUUAUAAGAUACUUAUUCUACAAAAGUUUAAAAGCAAUAAGAAAAGUGUGUGUAUUGAUAUCUGAAACGGCUUGCUUUGCAUGCACAUAAUACAUAAUUAUGAUAUGAUAGAAUUAAAACUAUGCAAGCAUGUGUUUAAUUAUUUAAUUUAAUUUUUGUAAUUAUUUUGUCUUUAUACUAAAAGAACUGAUAUCGUACAAUUUUAAAAAAAGUUGAAUGCUUAUAACCAAAUGCAAUUGUAAUAUAUUUUCACUGAAAUAUAUGAAUACUAAAUAAUACUAAACAUGUUAUUAGCAAUGUGAUAUAGCAAUAAUUAAUUUUUGUUUGCGUUUUGAUGUGCAAUAAUACUAAUAAAUGAAAACAGUACUUGAAACCAGUCUCAAAAAAGAACUGCAGUUACUCCUAUCAACCAGCAGAUAUCGCUGAUAUCAUUGCUUUAAGCCAGUCGCUUUAGAAAUACUCAGGUACUUGUACAACCAAUAAGCAUGUUUCAGAAUGUUCUUGCAAGUGCAACUAAAAAGUGUGUCAGCAAACAUUACAUUACAAACUAUGCAAAAAAAUUCUAAAACAAUUCAUGAGACUGUGACACCGAUAGUCUGUAACUGUUAGUGUACACCAAAGACCUUUAAUCAAUUUCAUUAGCCAUGUAUAGUUCAAUGAUGAAAGACUUUGAGACAUAGAGCUGAAGUUGUGCUGUGUUAGCAGUUAUAAAUUGUGCAUGGAUUGUACAGAUGUAGGUUUAACAGUUGAAUUAAACUUUGUGUUGAGCAUUUUAUUUGCAAAAAUGAAUAUGGCAUUUCCUCUGUGAAAAUGCAUAAAUGUCUCAUAAUGAAUUAAUGUGUCUUCUGAAGGACAAAAAAUGACUGUACAUGCACCCACUUUGUAUGGAAUCAACGUGCAACUUGCAUUUACCACAAUAAAACGGUAUCUUGCAACUCUGAAAA